CAUCACGAUCCUUCUCAAUCUCGCUCGUCUGCGCAUCUGUCUUCCGCUUAUUCGACAUGACUGCGGCCUGCCGUUUAUCAUGUGCCUGUGUGAGAAGAUAUCUGCAGCCUGAGGCAACAGCGACGUGCGCAGGCAGGCGCAAGCCAAAUAUAACUCGUCCCGCGGUCGACGUCGUCUCCACCGAGCCUACCCCGACCCCGCACAGUAUUCAGCCUCAACCCCUUUCUCUCUGACCACCACUAGCUGAGCUCUGCCCCAGGAUGGGUGUCAUCACUGUGGGCAAUCUCCUGCUCUCGUUUGGUGCGGCCGCGUUGGGCUACGGGCUCUACAAGCUUGUCGAGCUCUUGCUUGCACCCCUCUUCUCUCCUUUGCGCGACUUGCCCGGGCCAUCGAGCCCCAGCUUCAUCUUCGGCCACCUGAAGCAGAUAUUCGACGCAGAGAACUCUGUGUUGCACGAGUCCUGGACAGAGAAGUAUGGCAACACAUUGAAGUACAAGACUUGGUUGAAUCAAGACAGGUUGUACACGCUCGAUACGAGAGCGCUGAACCAUAUCCUCAGUCAUUCUAACGACUACGAGAAGCCAUCACUUGCGAGGUUCAACCUCGGCAAGGUCUUGGGCGAAGGCAUUUUGGUCGUAGAGGGUGAGAACAGAGCAAACCCCGCAUUUGGUCCUACACAAAUCAGAGAGCUGACAGAGAUAUUCGUCGAGAAAGCCCUCCAGCUGCGCGAUUUCUGGGACGCAGAGAUCUCCAAAAUCGGCGAGCCCGCCAGGCUCAACAUCCUCAAUGGCCUCAGCAAGAUGGCGCUUGACGUAAUCGGUCUUGCUGGCUUCAACUACACAUUCGACUCACUGAACACCGAAGGCAAGUCGAAUGAGCUCCACAAGGCGUUCGAGACCAUGUUCCGCUCCCUCGCGGGCUUCUCGCUCUUUCCCCUGCUUAAGGCGUACAUCCCGCCCCUCCGCAUUAUUCCCGACGCCCGCUCGCAACAGAUCGCCCUUGCGCAGAAGGUCAUGCGCCGUAUCGGCCUACAGCUCGUUGCGGAGAAGAAGGCGGAGAUCAUGAAAGCAGUCAGCGCGGGCGAGAAAGGCGACGACAUGCUGCAUAGCCGGGACUUGCUCACGCUCCUCAUCAAGGCGAACAUGGCCACCGACAUUCCGGAGAGUCAGCGCUUGUCGGACGAGGACGUUCUGGCUCCUGACCUCCUCAGAUUCCUGGUCGCCGGCCACGAAACGACCUCCAACGCGACCGCCUGGUGUCUCUUCGCGCUCACCCAAGCCCCUACCGUCCAGCAGAGGCUGCGCGAGGAGCUCCUCACCGUGUCCACCGACAACCCGACGAUGGACGAGCUCAGCGCGCUGCCGUACCUCGACGCGGUCGUGCGCGAGACGAUGCGCGUGCACGCGCCCGUGCCGAAUACGAUCCGCGUUGCUGUCAGGGAUGAUGUGAUCCCGCUCGGCGAGCCAUACGUCGACGUGCGCGGCCAGGUGCACGACGCUGUACGCGUGAGGAAGGGCACCCCGAUCUUCAUCCCGAUCCUGGCGCUCAACCGGUCGAAGGCGCUCUGGGGCGAGGAUGCGUUUGAGUUUAGGCCGGAACGGUGGGAGAACGUGCCGGAGGCCGUACAGACUAUCCCGGGCGUGUGGGGCAACCAGAUGAGCUUCCUCGGCGGGCCUCGGUCCUGCAUCGGAUACCGCUUCUCCUUGGUAGAGAUGAAAGCCCUCAUCUUCACUCUCGUCCGCGCGUUUGAGUUCGAGCUCGCGGUGCCCGCGAGCGAGAUCGUCAAGAAGGCGACCGUGGUGCAGCGUCCGCUAGUCAAGAGCGAGACGGAGAAGGGUUACCAGAUGCCGCUGUUGUUGAAGCGGUAUCAGAGGGUAUGAUAGUUUCGCAAUCAACCUGUGUAUCAUUCGUCGUGUAUCAGUCGGACAGAAUCCUGUAACCCAUGUCUACUUCGCUGACGAACAAAGCACGGGCCCUGUUCGACUUGCCACUUGAUAUUGUUCCUUAUUUGAUCAACCAGAAACCCAUGAAACUCGGGUAUGCGGUGUGCUAUAUAGGUAAAGGACCCAUUAAUAUCGUGACUACACCAAAUAUGACCCUCAGUGCAAAUUCUAUGUACCUCGAUUCAAGCUCUGUUUCUAAUACUCGUGGUUGAAAACACCCCAUCGAGUCCAUUGACAGUCGAUUCUUCUCUGCAUAAACGGGUUUACUACUAGUGGUAUCUGUGAGUAUCUGUCAGCGAAUGCGUUACUGACACAGAAUUGCUACUGUACGGACAUUGCAGGGGGGUCAGACCGCGC